AUGCACUCCGAAUGGUUCCUCAUACAUUGGAUUGUAUCAACAUUUAUAUGGAUAGCUUUUAUUCCAAACUAUGUAGCGCUUAUACUGAUUUAUAAUGACCAGUUUGUAAAUACUUAUUCACUAAUGAUCCCAGCUCUUAUCCAGAAUGGUGGCAUUUUUAUCAGCGGUAUGAAAAGUCAAGAUGAUGAAAGAAAUAAUGGUAGACUAACAACUCAGUGUCAUUUACAAUACGCUACUACAGAAAAUAAAGCAAACGGAUCAAGAAUAGGUAAAAUUGAUGAUGAUAUUCUAGAAACGUCGGAUAUAAAAGAUGAUCAACUUCUUAACCUGCUGCGAUCAAACAACAAAUCCACAUUGCACUACCGACUCCGUGAACCAUCAAAUUACUUCGCUCUAAAUGAAGCAACAAGUGAACUGACUACACAAAUCAUGCUUGAUUUGGAAACUCUGUGUCCUAGACACUGUAGAGAGAACAGCUUCCAUGCUGUAUUGAAUGCACAUGUGGAAAUAUUGGCCAACUUCCAAGUGGUAUAUUUUGUAAAUGUCGAAAUUACAGUAACCGACAUGAAUGAUAAUUCACCUACAUUCCCACCCAGUGUACCUAGACCUUAUAGAAUGAAAUUAAAAGAGGUAAUCUAUCGUGCUGGUAAACAAGUGGAACUACCAAGUGCAGUUGAUAAAGAUGUUCAGCCAAGUAAUGCUGAAAUAGUUUAUCGUCUCGAUUCACAUCCCGAAGAUAAAUCUGACGCUUUGGAAACAUUUCAACUGAUGUUGCAAAAUAAUACAAGGAUUGUAUUGGUUUUACAAAAUGAUUUGGAUUAUGAAUCAGUAAAGGAAUAUCGUUUUUAUUUAGUCUGUUCAUCCCCAUAUAUCAGUAAUGAACAUGAUUCAGACUCUUCAAAUAAAGAAGAUUGGUUAGAAAUUAUCAUAGAAGUACUUAAUAUCAAUGACAUCGAACCAACGUUUUCAAAGGCAGUCUACGAAGUAAACGUUCAAGAGAAUGUUUUAGUCAAUUCAGUUAUUUAUGAACUGAAGGCAACUGAUAAAGAUGUUGAUUCCAUUAUCGCUUAUUCAAUGGAAAAUGGACUUGAUUCAAGUGUCACAUCAAAAUUCAUCAUUGAAUCAACAGGAAAAGUGAUUGUUAAAGGCAGGCUAGAUCACGAGCAGCGUAAUGUGUAUGACUUUACUGUGCGUGCAAGUGAUGGGGAAUUUUAUGCUUUGGCACGACUCGUUAUUAAAGUUACAGACGUAAAUGAUGAACUUCCAGAUAAAAUAUUAGAUCCAUAUCAUUUGACAAUUGCAGAAAAUAAACCAGCAAGAACAUUAAUUGGUCAUCUUCUGAUUAUCGAUCGUGAUAGUCCUGAGGUUAAUGGUCAGGUAAGGUGUGAAGAACCAUCUGGGUUGAAAAAGAAAUCUUCUACAUUAAAACUUUCUGAAAUGCCUGUUGCAAUGUCAUCUGGACUUACAGCUACAAUGACUAUCAUUUUGAAUGUGAUAGAUGAGAAUGAUAACGCACCUACUUUCGAAGAGACACUAUAUAAGGCAGAAAUCAGAGAAAAUUCCCCGGUGGAUACCAAGGUCAUAAAGGUAAACGCUACAGAUAAGGAUAUAGGAAUGAAUGCACAAAUUUACUACAGCCUGGAAAAGAAUGAACUGAAUACACCCUAUUUUAAGAUAGAUCCCAUUACCGGUUGGGUUAUGACUACAGCUGAGAUCGAUCGUGAAGCUCAGUCAACUUUCCAGCUUACAGUUCUAGCAAUAGAUGGUGGUUUUCAUACACGAGACAAUCAGUCAUUCAGAUCUACAGGCAGUAGUACAACUCAUCACACAGCAACAACGCAGGUGCUCAUCAGCAUAACUGACGAAAAUGACAAUGCGCCAGAAUUUCACGGUCCAAGACAAUUCGCUGUAGCAGAAAAUCAGCCUUCACAAACAUGGAUUGGUGAUCUCCAAGUACUUGAUAGAGAUGAAGGGUUCAAUCAUGAUGUGACAUUUAAGCUCCUACCUAGUAAGCUGGUAAACAGUAAUAGCCAACAGAUUUUGAAUAAAGGUCCUAAUAACUUCACCAUGAACCAUGAUCUGCCAAUCCAGUUAUUGAACAACGGAAGUUUAUUCACUACAAAACCAUUAGACAGAGAGAAUCAGUCACACUACUGUUUCGAAGUUAUUGUAACCGAUCAAGGUGAAGAUAAAUCACAUUCCACCGUAGAUACUAUAUGCGUACGUGUACUGGAUGUUAAUGAUAACAGACCAUACUUCAUAGAAAUAAAAGGAGGGGAUCAAACUAUAGAAAACAUGACUGUGAACCAUUCAUUACUUGCAACUGAUUCCUUCAACUUUCAUUCUGAUGUAGUUAAGCAAAAUUUAGUCCAACGAAAUAUUUCGAAAUUUUCAGUAUUAGUACGUUUAUCAUUCCGCGAAAUACCAGGUUAUUGCAUUUUGGUUCCCAAAGCACUUGAUGAAGAUGAAGGUGUAAACGCACAAUUACGAUAUACUAUCGCAUAUCAGCAUUCAAAUAUAACUCAACAUGAUAGUAAAAAGGAUGGUAUACUUAAUGCAUUUGCGAUGAAUCCGCUGACAGGACAACUAACGUUAACAAGAAAUUUACGUCAUGAUGAAAUAGGAUCAUAUGAAAUAAUAUUAGGUGUAGAGGACCGUGGAAAGCCAGUUCUUAAGACAGAAAAGACCGUUCAGCUGAUCAUAGAAGAUACCCCACCUCGUGGAAAUUGGUUAUUCCCUGAGACUGUUCACAAACGCAGUAUGAUUUUAUACACUUCCAAGAAUAUAAUUUUAGAAGGGCGCACAAUCAUUGUAGUGAUCUUACUAUCUGGAAUGUCAGCAUUUCUAGCUUCUAUAUUCAUCAGUUCGAUUCUGUGUUUAAUCAAACCUUGCAAGAAGUCAGGAGACUCUUUUCAUCCAAACGUUAAAAUUAAAGCUGAAAACACCAAUGGUUUUUAUCACAAGAGUACAGGAUUCAAUAUAACAAUGUUCAAUGACAACGCUGUUAAGUUAAAAGCAGUUCCAAAUCAAAUAGCUUAUAAAAACUGUUACUUGAAUUUUCCUAAUCAGCAGCAUCAAUAUCUUAUAAGAGAGUACAGUUCAGGAGAAAAUGCCAAUUAUGUAUUUGAUAAUAUGCUGCCACCUGUUGCUGGUCAUAGUACUCAGCAGGAGUUUGAAGGAUUGCUGAUCACCAGUGAAUGUUCCACACUAGCUGACGUUGAAGUUGGCAAUCCAUCGUUAUUCAAGUUACCUGACGUUAUUAGUAAUAAAACUAGCAUAAUCCCAAAUAGUAAUAGCUUACCGACAACUUUUGACAUCUCAACAUAUUGUCAAGGUGACUUAACCAGUGCAAAGCAAGACCCAUGUAUGAUGGACGGAAUCAGCAAUCCAUGUAUGGAAAAUGUUUUAUCGCAGAUUUAUUCAUACCACAAUGCCGCUCAACAGAACAGAUGGAAUUACUUUUAUCUGGAAUACCCACCCAGUAACUUUCAACCUAUGAUAUCAAAUAUAUUUGUGCAUAAUAUGCCUUCCAAAUCCUCAACUUUUUCAGUACAACAACCGAAUACCAACAGUUCAUCACCUGGAGUCGGAGUCACAAGGCCCUCAUUAUUAUCUUCUAAUAUUUCUACUAUAAAACCAGAGCAAUUCAUACUUCAGUGCAAAAAGUCACCUCCUCUUUCUGUAGCUAACUGUUAUAAACACAGAAAAUUGUAUACAACGUCCCCAAAUCCAUUGACAUGCACAUCAAUAGUGCUUCACCCAAACAAAAACAUUUUUAUAAAUUCAGAGCAAUUCAUUCAAGAAAAUGCUGCACAUGAUGGCUCAAGUUCACUGAAACACUCAGAGGUAGUUACUGGAGAGGAGCAACGAUCAGACAGUGGACGUGGCGCCAGUGAUGAAGAAAAUUCAAAUCAAAUACACUCAGUUAAUGGAACAUCUGCUGAGAAUGAUUUGUCAGUCAACUUUAUGACUAGACUAGUCACUGAAUAA